AUGGCGAGUUUCUUCGAUCUCAAAGCCCGAAAGCAGGCUGCUGCGAAUGGGACAGCCCAGAAGCAGGAGAAAUCUUCACAACCACCAAGGGCGCAACCUUGGGUCGAAAAAUAUCGCCCAAAAACUCUUAGCGAUGUUACCGCCCAAGACCAUACCGUCACAGUCCUACAGAGGACGCUACAGGCUUCUAACAAGCUACCACACAUGCUCUUCUAUGGACCACCCGGUACGGGAAAGACGUCAACAGUCCUGGCCCUUGCCAAGGAGCUGUAUGGCCCUGAGAUGAUGAAAUCACGAGUACUCGAGCUUAAUGCCUCUGACGAGCGAGGCAUCUCCAUCGUCCGCGAGAAGGUCAAGGACUUCGCUCGCAUGCAAUUGACAAACCCAACCACCGAAUACAAGAAAAGAUAUCCCUGCCCGCCCUUCAAAAUAAUCAUCCUUGACGAGGCCGACUCCAUGACCCAGGACGCCCAAAGCGCCCUACGCCGAACUAUGGAAACAUAUAGCAAAAUUACACGAUUCUGCCUGAUUUGCAACUACGUUACGCGAAUCAUCGAUCCCCUAGCAAGUCGUUGCAGCAAGUUUCGCUUCAAAAGCUUGGACCAGGGCAAUGCCAAGAAGAGGCUUGAAGCCAUUGCGGAAAACGAGGCCGUGCAGCUGGAAGACGGUGCCGUCGAUGCUCUGAUCAAAUGCAGUGAGGGUGAUUUGAGAAAGGCCAUCACGUUCCUGCAAAGUGCGGCACGACUUGUUGGUGCUGGUAAUGCGGAUGCUGCAACGGGUGAUGCUAUGGAUGUCGACAAGAAGCCAGUUACCGUCAAAAUCGUCGAAGAUAUUGCCGGUGUCAUUCCUGAAAACACCAUCGACAGAUUGGUCAACGCUAUCCGUCCUCAGACCGCUGGCGAAACAUAUCAGAGCGUGGCAAAAGUGGUUGAGGACAUGGUUGCUGACGGCUGGAGUGCUGGACAAGUUGUUUCGCAGCUUUACCAAUCCAUUGUCUUCGACGAGACAAUUCCCGACGUCCACAAGAACAAGAUUGUUCUUAUCUUUUCCGAAGUCGACAAGAGACUAGUUGAUGGUGCGGACGAGCAUCUUUCUAUCCUCGACCUCGCACUGAGAAUAUCGAGUAUUAUGAGUGGCCGCAGCAACUGA